AUGCCGAUGCAUAGGAUUUUCAUCGUUUUGACUGGAAAUAUAAUUUUUGUUACUUUGAUUCUGGUCGCUUCCCGCAGUUCAUACUAUGGCUCCCGUCUAGGCCACACCCAAGUGACUCAAAGGCCUCGUUACAUUUUCAUUGAUAUCGGUGCCAAUAGAGCGGAUACCCUCGAAGUCUUUCUCAAGCAGAAGAGUGCAAAAUUUGAAUACGACUUCCCUCGCCCCGAUUGGGCGACUUACGAUCAGGCAGGUGAGCAUGCUCAAAGUAAUCUCAAGUCUUAUGGAUCUGUGAAUAUUUUGACUAAGUUAAAAUCUUCCUUGGAAUUAGAGAUUCAUCUAUUCGAGGCGAAUCCGCACUUCAAUGCCGCCCUUCUUCAUGCUAAAGAGCGUCAUGUUGAACUUGGCGUUCAGGUUGAGAUAUAUCCAUCAACUGUUGCUGAUAUCAAAGACGGUACUAGGAUAUUUUAUCUGGAUACUGUUAAUACCGCCCAUGAUUUCUGGGGUUCAUCCAUUUACGCCUCCCACCCGGAUGUUGUUCGAUCAAAAAACAAUGGAACCGAAUUGUCUACCGUCAACCUAUCGAGAUGGCUACUCAUGAAUACUUUACCUCGCGAUUUUGUCGUUGUUAAGAUGGAUGUAGAGGGGUCAGAGUACGAGCUUGUUCCACACAUGGCGGAAAUGGGGGUUUCAGCGGUCUUGGAUUAUCUGCUUGUUGAGUGGCAUCCAUCUGUUAUUGACAAGGCCGACUUACCGGAAGAUGAAGUUACCUUUCGACAUGCGAGGAUGAAGGCUGCAGAAGAAAAGUUGAAAGCAGAAGGGGUAAACAUGCCCCACUACGACUCUUCAGCUUGA